AUGGUCAAGGAAGAAGAGAAGGAUAAAGUGCACUUCAAUCACGACGACAUACAGCAGAAGCUGGACAAGAAGCUAGGUCCCGAGUACAUCUCGAAGCGUAUUGGGUUUGGGAGCAGCAGGGUGGCGUAUAUCGAAGGAUGGAGGGCGAUCAAUUUGGCGAACCAGAUAUUUGGUUACAAUGGAUGGUCUACAGAGGUUAAAAAUAUUAUAGUGGACUUUCUGGAUGAACGCCAAGGGAAGUUCAGUAUAGGAUGCACUGCCAUCGUGAGAGUUAGUCUUGCAGAUGGUACAUACAGAGAGGAUAUCGGCUAUGGUGCGGUGGAGAAUGAGAGAAGGAAACCCGCUGCCUUUGAAAGAGCUAAGAAAUCUGCGGUGACAGAUGCAUUAAAGAGAUGUCUGAGAGGCUUUGGUAACGCCCUGGGAAACUGUCUCUACGACAAAGAAUUCCUGUCUAGGAUAGAUAAAGUUAAAUUUGAUCCUCCUGACUUUGAUGAAGGCAACUUGUUCAGGCCAUCGGAUGAAAUAAGUGAGUACUCUAGAUCUAAUACUAUUGAUAAUGAUAACCCUGCAGUUAAGAGGCAAAAGCUAAAUAAUCAGAACAGCAUCCCAGACACAAAUAAGGUAAAAUACAAUGGCUCUGCGCCUGCGCCUGCUAUCACCUAUAACAACGCGCCUAAAAAACCAGUUCAGUCAGAAGAAAGGUAUGCUCCCAAUGGAAGUAGGGGUAAAGAAAACGCACAGAACAAGUCUGAGAAUGAAGAUCUGCUUGACGAUUCCUUUAUGUUCAGUGACGAUCUACAAGAUGAUGAGCUAAUUAGCCUAAUGAACAAGAAUUCUUCUGAUCCGGACAGAAGAUUCAAUAACGCACCAAAGGAAAAUACUGGAGAUAUUACUUUUGUAACGGCAAGAGCUGCAGAUUCUUAUCAAAGCACUGAAAAUGUACCAGAGAACCUUAAAUUUGAUCCUAAAUAUGUACCUCAUUCAAUGAAACUUACAAUUGAUCAGAACACAUCAAAACAUAUUCCAUUGAGUGUUCUAAAAGAAAAAGGUGUUACCGCUACUUCCAGAGAGGCUAUUUAUUCAAGGUUCGCUGCUAAGGGCAAACAGAUACCAAAUCCAAUCGAUGACAGUACGGACAGCCGUCUAGCAGAAAAUGAUAAAAGUAAUGAAAAUGAUGAUACAGAAACCAGUCACUCUACAGAAAUCGAAAAGUCUGCUAUCAGUAGUGUGAAUAACGGUACAAAUAUAUCGGGCUCCACAGAGUCGUCCGUAACAACUGUACCAUCACAUAAUUCAACAUCGCAAACUACAAAUAUAGAAGCUAAAGUAGAUAAAGCCGAUAGUCAAGUAAGUGAAAAACAGAGUCAAAAAGGUAUCAAAUAUGCCCCGCAAGUGCCAGUAGUACAUCCUAACACGUCUGCUGCAAUACCCUUAAACCAAAAUAAACCACUGAGAAGAGAAGUAGGAAGGCCGAAAAUCAACAAUGUUGGCCCAAAGAAACCAUCUCCUACACCAUGA